GUGAUGAUCUCUUAGAAGAUGAUGGAAUUUUCAGUAUUUCAAUAUUUAAUGAAGUUUGCUUGAAAUUGAACAGGCAUUCUAGGAAAGUUGGAUCAGAACAAGUGUAUCAAUUUAAAGUUCUAGGUCGAAGGCGGUAUCUGAAUAAUUUUUAUCACGCAACUUCGUUUAACUUUACAACGAGGGAACAGACGGCAGUGGUGUGUUUAGAUCUGUAUCCAGCAACUGACUACACAGUGAAUGUCACCCUCCUGGGAUCUCCGGAGCCGCCGUCAGUGCAAACAACAGUGACCACCGCACCAGCAGUAAAACAAACCAUCAGUAACAUUUCAAUAUUUAAUGAAACCUGCUUGAGAUGGAGAAGUAUGAAGACAGCUGAUAUAGAGGAGAUGUAUUUAGUCCACAUUUGGGGCCAGAGAUGGUAUCAAAAAGGAUUUGCCCAGGAAAUGAUCUUUAAUAUCACUGCCAGCAGUCAGACUCCUGAGACGUGUUUGGACCUGAGUCCAGGUACCAACUACAGUGUCAGCAUCCAGGCUUUGUCUUCUGAACUUCCUGUGGUCAUCUCCCUAACAACCCAGAUAACAGAGCCUCCCCUUCCGGAAGUAGACUUUUUCACUGUGCAUGGAGGGCCUCUACCACGCUUGCGACUGAAGAAAGCCACGGAGAAAAAUGGACCCAUCGGUUCAUAUCAGGUGUUAGUGCUUCCCUUGGCCCUCCAAAGCACAUUUGCUUGUGAUUCUGAAGAAGCUGCUUCAUUCUUUAGCAAAGCUUCUGAGGCCAGUGGAUACGUGACUGCAGAACUGCUGGCCAAGGAUAUUCCCGAUGAUGCCAUGGAGAUAUCUAUUGGAGACAGGCUGUACUAUGGGAAAUAUUAUAAUGCACCCUUGAAAACAGGGCAUGAUUACUGCAUUAUAUUACGAAUCACAAGUGAAUGGGAUGAGCUUUAUGAAUGCCCUCAUCCUACUGCAUUGCGGAAGCCUGAGCUGGAGUGGAACAUCUAG